AAAAAAAAAGGCAUACGUGUGCAAGUAAAUGCUUGCGUCAUCAGGUAUGUGCAGCUGCAGCGCGCGCAUAAGAUGCGCGGCUGUGUAAUUUAGACACACUCCGCUUCUAUCAUUCCUUUCGUUAUUGUCUCCAUCCAUCCAGCCAGCCACCCAUUCCUGCGUCCCUCUCCUCCUCCCCUCGGGGCUGCUGGUGGAGGAACCCCCCCCCUCCUCCCCCCCACCACCACCACCACCACAAACUCCAAUGAGAACGGGGGGACGCUCUCGCAGGACAUCCAAGAGAUCCAAGAGGACGGAGGUUCGGCUUCAUCGGGGCACGGUGAGGGCGUGUAAAACGGCGCGGGAGAGGCCGCCCCACGCGUGUCUUUGACGCCGCGUCCUGUCCGUCCGUGGAUGGCUCGGCAGCUGUUGCAAGCAGGGAGGAGGAAGCUGUUCGCCGCUCUCAUCUCCACUACGAAGGCAUGGACAUUUUAAAACAACGCGGAAUUCUCCGUCUUUCUCCUUUUUGCACGGUGUUUUAUAUUUUUCAACCAAUGAAAUGAUUGUUUUCCCCUCUCACGUUCGAGGCUUGUGAGAUCCUACACUUUAAGGUAAAAUUAGCAGUGGCACGUAACACUACCAAAUAUUGCGGAUGUUUUAGAAAUAAUUAAAUAAAUAAUAUGGUCGCGUUUCAUUUCCGAUGCUUUUUAAGUGAACGCGGUGGUUUCAUGGACGGCGAAUUGCACUAUCUGACCACGAAACAUUUGAGCUGGGUUUUUUUUUGUUUUUUUUUAACAUUAGAUGCCGUGAAUGUGAUUUAUUACUGAGGCUCGUGUCGUUUUAAAGGCGUCUGUACUGUAAUGACAUGUUGUCAUGACAGAGAAGAACUAAAUCUUGUGGUGCCUGUGGAGCGGUCUUGAUGCGGCAGGCAUGACCAACCAUGGUUCAUGUUGAAUAAGUCCCCAUGAUCUGGCGGUGGAUGGGGGGUGGUCAUCCUCAGGGUUUGGACGGAUCCAAGACGAGCGUAGGACUUGAGACGCCCUUCAUUGUGAACCGAAAGACCAAACAUUUGAUUCCUCGCACCCACGAUUUGCACCUGGCAGAGACGCAGAGGGAAGGUGGUCUGUGCAUGGGCCCCCGGGUUUCUUAGACCAGAGGCUGCAGAACCGCGACCCAUUUGAACAUAUGAGAUGUUCUGAUCCGGAUGGGAUGUAAUGUGUGGCUGUGCAGCUGAGCACCGGUCUCCUUCUCCGCUGCUUCGUCAAGAUUGGCUUCUGGUUUCCGGAGAAUGGCGCGGUUUGGAGACGAGGUACCGGCCAGGUACGGAGGAGGGCCCGGCGGAGGGGGCCCGGGUGGCCGUGGCGGAGGGAGACAAGGAGGGCCACACGGACACGGACAUGGUCACGGGCACGGACAUGGGCAUGGACAUGGCCACGGACAUGGGCACGGGUUGGGCCACGGUCCAGCAGGGGGGCCAGGAGGCCAGAGAAUGUAUAAACAAUCCAUGGCUCAGAGGGCCCGGACUAUGGCCCUGUACAACCCGAUACCUGUACGCCAGAACUGUUUCACUGUCAACCGCUCCUUGUUCAUUUUCAGCGAAGAUAACUUUGUGAGAAAAUACGCCAAAAAGAUCACCGAAUGGCCUCCAUUUGAGUGGAUGAUUCUCGCCACCAUCAUUGCCAACUGCAUCGUCCUGGCCCUGGAACAACAUUUGCCCGACGGUGACAAGACCCCACUGUCUGGACGUCUGGACGCUACAGAGAUGUAUUUCAUUGGCAUCUUCUGUUUUGAAUCUGGUAUAAAGAUCCUGGCUCUGGGGUUUGCCUUCCACAAGAACUCGUACCUGAGGAAUGGAUGGAAUGUCAUGGACUUUGUGGUGGUGCUCACAGGGAUUCUGUCCACUGUGGGCUCAGAUUUUGACCUGCGGACCCUCAGAGCUGUUCGAGUUUUGAGGCCCCUCAAACUGGUGUCUGGUAUUCCCAGCCUACAGGUGGUGCUCAAAUCCAUCAUGAAGGCCAUGAUUCCUCUGCUACAAAUUGGCCUCCUGCUUUUCUUCGCCAUUCUCAUGUUCGCCAUCAUCGGCUUGGAGUUUUACAUGGGCAAAUUCCACAAAACCUGCUUUGACAAUCACACAGGGGAGAUCCGAGAAGAGUUCCCAUGUGGGACGGAACCCCCGUCGCGAUUGUGUCCAGAGGGUACCACGUGUCGAAAGUACUGGCUCGGUCCAAACUAUGGCAUCACCCAGUUUGACAACAUCCUUUUUGCUAUCCUCACCGUCUUCCAGUGUAUCACAAUGGAGGGCUGGACUGAACUGCUGUACUAUAGCAACGAUGCCUCAGGGAGCGCAUGGAACUGGAUGUAUUUCAUCCCCCUUAUUAUCAUUGGCUCCUUCUUCAUGCUCAACUUGGUGCUGGGUGUGCUGUCAGGGGAGUUUGCCAAAGAGAGGGAGCGAGUGGAAAACAGAAGUGAGUUCCUGAAGCUGAGGAGGCAGCAGCAGAUUGAAAGGGAACUCAAUGGUUACUUGGAGUGGAUCUGCAAAGCUGAAGAGGUUCUCUUGGCAGAUGAUGAAAAUGAAAAUGAUUAUGACGGCUCCCGCAGGAGAGCCACCAAGAACCACAAGAGCAAAGCUGAGCUUCUAAACCCAGAGGAGGGGGAGGGAGACCUGGCAGUUGGUUCACCAUUUGCCCGCGCUAGCUUAAAAAGCUCAAAGCUAGAAGGAUCAACUUUCAAGAGGCGAGAAAGACGACUGCGCUUCUUUAUCCGACAUAUAGUGAAGUCCCAGGCCUUCUACUGGACUGUACUAUGUUUGGUGGGCCUCAACACGCUGUGUGUGGCUGUCGUGCACUACGACCAGCCAGAACCACUUUCAGAUUUUCUAAAUUAUGCUGAAUUCAUCUUCCUGGGAAUAUUCUUGACGGAGAUGUUUGUCAAGAUGUAUGGUCUGGGAAAGCAGGCAUACCUCAACUCCUCUUUCAACUGCUUCGACUGCAUCGUGAUCUGCGGCAGCAUAUUUGAAGUGCUGUGGUCCAUUAUCCAGCCGGGCACGUCAUUUGGCAUCAGCGUUUUACGAGCUCUCAGGUUAUUGAGGAUCUUCAAGGUCACCAAGUAUUGGGCAUCUUUAAGGAACCUUGUCGUGUCUUUGCUCAACUCCAUGAAGUCCAUCAUCAGCUUACUCUUCCUCCUCUUCCUCUUCAUAGUUGUCUUCGCCCUGCUGGGAAUGCAGCUCUUCGGAGGACAGUUUAAUUUUGAAAAUGGCACUCCUUCAACAAACUUCGAUACCUUCCCAGCAGCAAUAAUGACAGUGUUUCAGAUCCUGACAGGUGAAGACUGGAACAUGGUGAUGUAUGCGGGCAUCAAGUCUCAGGGCGGAGUCAACAAGGGCAUGGCCUUCUCAGUCUUCUUUAUCGUGCUCACUCUUUUUGGCAACUAUACUCUGCUGAAUGUCUUCUUGGCUAUCGCUGUGGACAAUUUGGCCAACGCACAGGAGCUAACCAAGGAUGAGCAAGAGGAGGAGGAGGCUGCCAGUCAGAAGAUCGCGUUGCAGAAAGCCAAGGAGGUGGCGGAAGUCAGCCCCCUGUCGGCUGCCAACCUCUCCAUAGCAGCCAACAAAGUACACAGUGAUUGUCACAACGCUACUGACCCCUUUCUGGACUGUAAGGAGCAGCAGAAGAACCACAAUAAGGGGCUCAAUAAGUCUGUGUGGGAGCAGCGCACCAAGGAGCUGAGGAAGCAAACUCUGGCAUCUAGCCGAGAAGCCCUCUACAACGAGCUGGACACUGAAGACCGCUGGAAGGCAAGGACAGGGAGGGAAGAACACAACGAUGUCAACUACUCGCGCCAUGUCCGACCAGAUAUGAAAACUCACCUGGAUCGACCUUUGAUGGUUGACCCCCUGGAGAACCGCAACAACAAUACCAACAAGAACACUGACAACAAUCCAGACCUCUGCUUCAGCCAACAGCAUCCUGCCGAUGACCUCCACAGAAAAACGCGCCACCACGAACACGGUGGUCAAGGAGGCCCCGUCAAAUCUCCUCCAGAGCAAGGCGAGUCUACUGAGAGCAGGCGUAGCCGGAAAGGUACGCAUCACCAUCGUAGCUCCCGUGUACGAUUGGAUACAACUGCGAUUCCCGGGCCGGGCUCGGAGGAGAGGCCGACGAGGCGCCUUCAUCACAAUCGCAGCGGAAGUCGAGGGACAGGACAGUCCGAACACAGGAGACCUAGAAUGCAUCGCAGGAAUGAUGAAGACGAAGAUGGUCGAGAAGGAGCUGGAAAAGCAGGAAGACACAAGAACAAAGGGGUCGAAGAAGGUGGGGAGGGAGAAGAGAAGGAAGCAGCUGCUGAUGGAAGUGAGAGGAGGCCGAGAAGAGGUCGCCAUAGCAACCAGGUGGAAGGAGAGGGGAAGAUCUGCCAGCAUCGACGGAAGGAUGGUAGUGUUCUGAACCUCUCCACCACGAGGCCCAUCCAAAAGAGGCUGUCCAGGCAGGACAGGCAGGACAGUGAAGAUAUGGACAACCUCAUGAAUACCAAACUGGUUUCAGGCUCCGCCCCUUCCAUCGACCAUUACCCAAUUCCACUUGCCAACCACACUGCGGACCACGGCUUUGAAUCCGCCUUCCAACUUGCUAACAGUGGCGGUCGAGGGAGUUUAGUCAGAUUAGACAGCUACGGGAACGUCGGACAUCGCCGUGCCAACAACAUCAUCAGACAGCCCCACCCCGACCACAUGGCUGUGGACAUGCCAAUUUUCCCGUCCACCAAUGCCAUCCUGCAGGUCAAUAAAAAUGCAAACACAGAGCCUUUACCAGCGAAGGAGGACAAGGACGAUGAUGAUGAUGAUGCAAAGGGAGGUAAUGGAGGACCCAGGCCCAUGCCUCCCUUUACCUCCAUGUUUAUACUGACCACCACUAAUCCGUUUCGUCGGGCCUGUCACUACAUAUGCACCCUGCGCUACUUUGAGAUGUGUAUUCUGCUGGUCAUUGCCAUGAGUAGUAUUGCCCUUGCUGCCGAAGACCCCGUCUGGCCUGAUUCUACUCGCAACAAUGUCCUGCGCUAUUUUGAUUAUGUCUUCACUGGAGUGUUCACAUUUGAGAUGCUAAUUAAGAUGGUGGACCUGGGGUUGGUCUUGCACCAGGGCUCUUAUUUCCGUGACUUGUGGAACAUCCUUGACUUUAUUGUGGUUAGUGGUGCGCUGGUGGCCUUCGCCUUCACGGGGAGCAGCAAAGGAAAAGAUAUCAGCACCAUCAAGUCUCUGAGGGUUCUCAGAGUGCUGCGGCCACUUAAGACGAUAAAACGUCUUCCCAAACUCAAGGCUGUUUUUGACUGUGUGGUGAACUCUCUGAAGAACGUCCUCAAUAUUCUGAUCGUCUACCUGCUCUUCAUGUUCAUCUUUGCUGUGGUGGCUGUGCAGCUCUUCAAGGGACGUUUCUUUUUUUGCAGUGAUGAAUCCAAAGAGUUUGAGCGUGACUGCAGAGGCGAGUUUUUGGUGUAUGGGCGUGAUAACGAAGUGAAAGCACAGAAACGGGAGUGGAAGAAGUACGAAUUCCACUACGACAAUGUGGCUUGGGCCCUGCUCACCCUCUUCACCGUGUCAACCGGAGAGGGGUGGCCGGAUGUGCUGAAACAUUCAGUGGAUGCGACUUACGAGAAUCAGGGCCCCAGCCCGGGGUAUCGGAUGGAGAUGUCCAUCUUUUACGUCGUGUACUUCGUGGUCUUCCCCUUUUUCUUUGUCAAUAUCUUCGUGGCUCUCAUCAUCAUCACCUUCCAAGAGCAAGGGGACAAAAUGAUGGAGGAUUAUAGUUUGGAAAAGAAUGAGAGAGCUUGUAUCGAUUUUGCCAUCAAUGCCAAGCCUCUGACUCGCCACAUGCCCAAGAACAAGCUCAGCUUUCAGUACCGCAUGUGGGAGUUUGUGGUGUCGCCGCCAUUUGAGUACACUAUCAUGGCAAUGAUCGCGCUCAACACAAUUGUCCUUAUGAUGAAGUAUGAUGGAGCUUCAGAUACCUACGAAGCUGUGUUAGCCAACCUCAACAUAGUGUUUACCUCUCUCUUCUCCAUGGAGUGUGUACUCAAGAUUAUUGCCUUUGGAGCACUGAAUUAUUUUAAAGAUGCCUGGAACAUUUUUGACUGUGUGACUGUUCUAGGCAGCAUCACUGACAUUCUGGUUACUGAACUUGGGAAUAACUUCAUCAACCUGAGUUUCCUGAGGUUGUUCAGGGCAGCUCGCCUCAUCAAGUUGCUGAGGCAAGGAGAAACAAUUCGCAUCUUGCUCUGGACCUUCGUUCAGUCCUUCAAGGCUCUGCCUUAUGUAUGCCUCCUCAUUGCCAUGCUCUUCUUCAUCUAUGCCAUCAUUGGGAUGCAGCUUUUUGGCAAUAUUGCUAUUGAAGAAGACGGAGAGGGUGCCAUCGACCAACACAACAACUUCAGGACCUUCGUUCAGGCUCUCAUGCUGCUCUUCAGGAGUGCAACUGGGGAGGCGUGGCACGAGAUCAUGCUGGCGUGUCUGGGGGGCAAACAGUGCGACGAGCUGUCAGGGAAUACAGAGCCGGAGUGUGGCAGCCAAGUGGCUUACCUCUACUUUGUCUCCUUCAUCUUCUUCUGUUCAUUUUUGAUGCUGAAUCUGUUUGUGGCUGUCAUCAUGGACAACUUUGAGUACUUGACCAGAGAUUCUUCCAUACUUGGACCUCACCACUUGGAUGAGUAUGUCAGAAUAUGGGCCGAGUAUGAUCCUGCUGCCUGCGGGCGCAUUCAUUAUAAGGACAUGUACAGUUUAUUACGAGUUAUCGACCCGCCUCUCGGCUUAGGCAAGAAAUGCCCCCAUAGGGUGGCCUGCAAGAGACUGCUCCGCAUGGAUCUGCCCGUGGCUGACGACAACACGGUCCACUUUAACUCCACCCUCAUGGCUUUGAUACGCACUGCGCUGGACAUCAAGAUCGCCAAGAUUUCUGAAGGUGGCAUUGACAAGCACCAGAUGGAUGCAGAACUGAGGAAAGAGAUGAUGGCCAUCUGGCCCAAUCUCUCCCAGAAGCAUCUAGACUUGCUGGUUACGCCACACAAGUCGACAGACCUGACAGUUGGCAAAAUCUACGCUGCCAUGAUGAUCAUGGAGUACUACCGCCAGAGCAAGAUCAAGCGCUCGCAGGCACUCCGGGAUGAGCAGAAUCGAACGCCAUUACUGUUUCAGCGCGUGGAACCGCCUUCCCCCACCCAGGACGGGGGUCCGGGCCUCAACAAUGCCCUCCCUCCACCUGAGACAACAGAGACAAUGAGCAGCCUCCCUGUGGAAGCCGGGGUCCCGGAGAGCCACUCAUGGGUCACAGCGCGUGCUCAGGAGAUGUCUCAAAAGGUCGGAAGCUGGAGCCCUGAAGAUGGCCUGGGAAGCAUGACCACCUCCCAGACGGUAGAGAUGAGAGAGAUGGGGCAGGAUGGUUACUCGGAUACUGAGCACUUUCCACCAAUGGACGGCCACGGCAGGGCCGCUUCCAUGCCCCGCCUACCAGGCGACAACCAAACCAUCAGUGACAACAGCCCCAUGAAGCGCUCGGCCUCAUCGUUAGGUCACAGCAGGUCAGGGCGCGGCAGCCGAGACAAAGGAGGCCCAGAUGCUUACAACAUGGAGCGUGUAAUAUCUGAGGAAGGUCGGGCUUCCCGGCACGGGCACAGGAGAAAAGAGCGCAGUCAUCGUGCCUCCGAGAGGUCACUGUGUCGCUACACGGAGGCUGACACAGGUCUUGGCACAGACACCCAGUCAGUUGACCUGAUGUCCAAGGACAGGGAUCGGGACAGAGAUCGUGGCAGGUCCAAAGACCGCAAGCACCAUCACCAUCAUCACCACCAUCACAGUUCCGUGGAUAAAGAACGCUACGCUGCGGAGCGAGGUGGAGAGUACGGCCGCAAGCCUUCUCGUGACAGAGAGCCCGACAGGGAGAGGGAGCGAGAAAGGGACCCGCGCUGGUCACGAUCCCCCAGCGAGGGUCGUGACUGCAUGACACACAGACAGGGCAGUAGUUCAGUCAGUGGAAGUCCUGUUCCAUCAACCUCCGGGACUAGCACGCCGCGCCGAGGCCGACGACAGUUGCCUCAGACACCCGCGACGCCCCGCCCCCACGUUACGUACUCCCCUGUAGUCCGUAAGGCCGUGCCCUCGCAACCUGCGGGGCCGCAGGGGCGGGCACCAGCCCCGGCACCCCGACGAUUAUCUCCUGAUGCCCCCCAAGGUCAGGUUCCUCUUGCUGGCGUUCCGCCGACCCACCAUGGCGUGCCCCGCCAGGGUCAUCACCCCCCACUUCGCUGGGCGGACACAGAUGGAGGAUCCAUAGAAGGGGACGGCUGCUUUUACAACCAAAACUACAUACCCCACCAUGAACCACCCGCCCACGAGCCAGGCAGCAACCCCCACCCGCACCCGCACCCCUUGGCCAGCCACCCACUGCCACCUCCUCCCCAACCACAGCCACGCAACCUACACCCCCUCCCUCCACCCCAGCCGCACCCUGUAAACAACCCCCACCCUCACCCCUUGCCGCCAUACCCACAGCCAAACCGUACCUCACCUCGGACCGUCCACCACGUGCCCCCUUCAAGCACUCCCCUGACCGGGCCCCUUCAGGGUCAAGUGCAACCUCCCGUCCAACGUCGCCUACCCAACGGUUACCGCGCUUCGUCACCUUCCACACAUCUCCAUGGACCCCAACACAGUGGGCCUCACAAGGUACCACCCCCAGGGGGACACCCUAGAGGACCCCGCAAGGGCCUGCACGAACACUAUUGUGAGAAGGAGCAGGACGACUGGUGCUAGCCUCUGGGGAUCGGAGAGGGACGUAAGGAUGCAGACUUACGUGACAUCAGCCCUUCUCUUUGCCAGUCCUUAAAAUGUUGCGGGAACGUUGGACUUGACCAGGCGUCAGGAUGAAGGAAUGAAACACGGAUGCUUAGGCACGAGCGGGGAGGGGGAGGAAAUACAAUACAGGAAGGGGUACCAAACGUGCAUUGGUGUUGCAUUCAUCACUUAGCAAACGUCAAACUACAACUUUGAAGGAUGCAAGUAGGAGGGGUGAUCUUAAAUUCUGCCUCUGGUCAAGAGCUACAGCCACUUACAAGAUGUCAAGAGUUGCGACUCAAAAAAAAAAGAAAAAAAAACAAAAGAAAAAAAAAGACACUUUACAGUCAGAGAUAAAAAUAAGAUUUAGGUUUUUUUUUUUUUUACUUCCUAAAGCUAACUUGAAUUGUAUUAGCUGGAAAGGAAGUCAAUUCCAAAGCCACUUGUUGAAUAUUGAUGAGUUUUAUCAUCUGUGUCUUUAAAUAAGAACAAAACUGACGCCGAGCCCUCCGCCUGUAUGAGGCGAGAGGGAUACUGUAAGUGGGUGGGAUAGUUGGGGGUGAGGGGGGAUGUCGACUCGGGUUGGAUGGAACCCGAGGAUGUUUACCCUUAUUCCUGGAGAUCACCCUCCACCCGGGAACAGACUACUCACACCGUCCUCCGCCGUGUUGAAGAAAAACAGAGUGAUGAUGGGUUUAACCACCAAACCAGUUUUCUGCAGCAUUUCUUCUUCUCUUACUGCAGCUUCUGCUUCUUCCGCUUCUUCUUCAAAACACUCAAGCGUGAAUCUUCUGUUGUACAACCACACAGCUUUUUUAAGACGUGUGUAACCCUGUGUGAUCUUGCAUGAAUGAUUAAAAGGAAAUACUAGGAACAAUGAGAAUCUACUGUAUGUAAGGGGAGGGAUAUUUUUCUUCCUGUUGUAGGCUGUAGGUUUCUGCCCUUUUUUGGGGGGUGGGGGGGAUUACCUUUCUGUUUCUCUCUUUCUUCCCCUUUUUGACAUUCCUCUCUUUAUAACCUCAUAUUCCGUCUAAAGGUCAUAGAGAGGUCAUGUGUCAUUGUAAGUAAGAAGAAAAAAAAAAAAAAAAGAAUUAUUGCUUGCGUGUCUCAAUGUUGUGUGCCAAAUGCUUGCCACUCACGCAGAUGGAAAUGCACUUUUUGUCUUCUGAACUUUUUUAACAACGGUGAUAAUCUUAAAAUGAUAAACUGGCAAGCAGGGUAAAGUGGAUGUGGCAGCAUUCGUCUUUAUUGGAAACAUUUCUGAGCUCUUCCAGAUACUCCGGUCAGAAACAGAUGGACAGAAAGGUGGAGAGUGGAGAGAAACUUGUUUUCUUUGACCAUAACAAGGGAACGCGUACAUGCAAUGUAAUAAUCAUGUGGAUCAUAAGAUGGAUUGUCCCAUUUUAGGAAUCUGUCCAGUGAGCCACUUUUCAAACCCUGGGGUGCAACUCUGCCCCAUUGCAUCAUGGGAGAUUGAUUUUCUUGUCGAGAUAAGGUGCCCAAAAAGUAAUUUUUAAGUUUAAGGCUACACUGGAACCUUCAAAGUUGACCGGAAUUUAUACUGUGACUUCAAAUUAAUUCAAUUUAAAAAAUAAAAUACAUAUAUACAUAUUUCAGUUGAGAUCAAUUAGAUUACAGGGAUGCAAGAAGUUGUCUUGCGUAGCCACAUUUCACUUUGCACAUGCAUCAUUUACCAUAUAAUUUGAUCAAUAACCGUAAAGACACUUGUAAAAAAAAAAUGUAAAAAAAAAAUAAUAAUAAUAAUACUAAAAAAAAAGAAAAAAAAUGCUGAAACAGCUACACUUAAAGUCCAAUUUUCAAGAAGUUGUUGAUUAUUUUAAACUUUAGGCAUUCAUAGUAAAGGCAAUCCUUAUUGAAAGAGCAAAUAUUGGUGUCCCUCUGAAAUACACUUCUUGCAAAACGGUGAAGACAAAAGUGCAUAACGGUAAAGACACGCAGCUUCAUAAAAAUCGUAUGACUUGCACAAUUUACAUUACACGUGUUGCCCUCCAAAUUCUGCGGAUCAAAAUGUAUAAAUGAUCCUAUAACUUCUCAUUAAACCCAUUACACUCUUGUCUUUAUACAAUUGUAAUCAUGGUAAAAUCCUGCAGCAGUUCCAAUUCAUUCACACAUAUUCAGUCGUAUCUCAGAAAUCAAACCAUUUAUUUUGCUGUCUACUAUUCUAAUGCAAGAUAGCUGCCUCAUCUUGGCACUUAAGCUCACAGAUCCCUCUGCUGUAUUGCAACAACAUAAUGAGGCUCUCUCCAGUGCCAUUAACGGGAAAGACAGCUUGAGUGACAAAGACAAAUCAUUUGUAAAAGAACCAAAAAAAGGAACUCUGAAGACACAAAGAUGCAUUUGUGUUAGUUUUCAUGGGCAAUAGGAGAAAUAUCCUAUAGAUCCAAAAAUGUAAUUAGCAUCUUUAGAAAUGUUGCAAAUCAUGAAACUUCAUUUGGUACACAUAACAGUAUAGACAUUUUGUCAUUCAAAGUUUGAAAAUUAUUACUUCAGAUUUUUUUUUCUUAAAAACAAUUAUAACCUUUUGAAUGAUAACAACUGCCUUUAAUUCAAACACUUAUAUCAGUAAAUUUGAUUUUCAACCUGAACUUUAAUGGGGUAUGUCUUUACCACUAUUGAUCAAAUUAUAUAAACAUGAACCAUAUACAGUCCAUCUUUUUUUAUUUAUUUAUAGUAUGAUGCUUAUGAGCAUUAGCAUUUUAAUAUUAUUGCCAACACUUGUUUUUUUUUCACUGCACAGUACCAACUCAGCACAGUUACAUUUGCUACAGGAUCGGUUGGUUGAUUUUCCACUUCGAAAUAGUACUGCGAGAAACAGCAUCAGUCCGAAAAAGACACGCUAACAACAACGAUGCCAGAGGUCUCAUGUACUUACCUCUCAGCAUGUGGCUGUUGGCCAAAUUUUAUUAGAGAAGGGAUGGAGAACCGCAUUCGGUACUGAGCAGCCUGGAUGGGGACCAGCCAACUGCGUAGCUACUUUGAAUACAAGACCAAGCCGACAAGGCAAAACCCUGUUCUUUUUUUACAAUUAGCACCUACGACGGGAACAUGUGUGCUGCUUUCCAACGUCAUGCAUCUAGAUUCUGUGAUCCUAAUUUUCCUCUUUGCCAUCACUGACAACCUUCAGUGGAAAAAUACACUUGCAGAACAUAUCCAGAAUAUUUUGGUUGCAGCCUUAAGGGUGUUCGACGUUGGAGGUUCCAGUGUAUUUUGACAAUUUGGAUGGAGAACGGUGUCAAACCAAGGCUUCAUGGGGCCUUAAGCAGCAUUUGAUUUUGGCCCCCCAUUCCACCAGGUUUAUAGAGGGUGUGCCAAAAGUCACUAUUCACUUCUUCUCUUCCAUAUAAUUUCAGGCCAUCGACGUUUGAUGACUUAGGCCUUGCAGUUUUUUUGUAAGCAUGUCCUUGCCCGUGGCUCGCCAUUUGACACUGGAGCAGCGUUGCAAAACUCCCACCUGGCAAGAAGUUUUUCUCUCCACGACUGCAGUUCAGCACCAGUUUGAGAAGCUCAAAGCACACACAGUACAAUUUACACAUUGCAAAAUUCCUGAAACAGGAUCUGUUCUUGAGAAACAACGCAGCAGAAAGUUUGCUAUUACCACUACCGAUGCAAACACCAAACUCUUAGAGCAGGCGUUCUCCCAAAACCGGGGAAAGGGGCUGCAAUUCGACAUCAACAAACCCGUCAGCAGAUGAUUCGGCGAGUGAUAAAAACAUUACCCGCGUAGACUUCAGGUCGUUCGAAAGUUUCACACAGAAGAUGAUGAUGCUUGACAACCUGAAGUCAGUAUGUUAGGCUUCAUCACGCUCUCAAGCAAACAGGUGCUGAACUGCGGAAGCACUUUUGCUCCAAUGUCAAUUGACGAGCCAUGGGCAAGGAAUGAUAUGCUUAGAAAAAGCGCAAAGCCUAAGCUGUUAAAUGCUGACGGCUUCCCAUCUGUCCCAGUGAUACCUGUAACAAAAUAGAAAAACGUGUAUGUGUAUAGUGACUUUUUGGACACCCUGUCUAUUUAAUGUGUUAAAAAAUAUAUAUGUACUGUAUCCUCACGCUUUUUGGGCCCCAAGCAGCUGCUUAGUUUGCUUAUGACCCCAGCCUGUCCUGUAUUUUCAAAAUUCCCAUCCUGCACUGAGGCAGUUCCACCCAUGACCUUCAUGAUCGCAUCCCUCUGCCCACACUUGUAACGCUUAUAGACCAAGAAAACAUUUGAGCUCAAUCUGCCACAACACCACUACAGGCUGCCUUGUCUGUUUGAACCCACACAGGCAAGUGAAUUACACAAGGUCAGUAGCUAAAAACUUGUAUGCGGUCCAAGAAAACACUAACGCUUUGUAUCACUCAUGUGUAUAUAUCUAAUUUCUUUCUGUGUUUCUACGUGUGCCUCGGACUAACACAUUUCACAAACACCACUGUCAGCAUUCUUGGGGUUAUGUGAAGCUGUUAUUUUCUGUUUUAGCUGGAGACCGAUCACAGAUUGACCACAGAAUGCACCCGAAAAAAUGAGCAAAGACGUGAAAAAAAAAAAAAAAAAAAGAAACCUAUCAGUGUCUUUCCAACCUCAGCGGAAUGUCACGGAAAAGUAUUUUUUCACAACACUGGAAUGAGAUAGCACAUAAGUUAUGUAGCAAAUACUUGUGGUGUGUGUGUGGCUGUGUGUGCGCAUGUGUGUUAGAGGGAGUGAUAUUUUUCCACAUUUUUCAUUGGUUGCAACUUUUCGGUCUCAAGAAAAGCCCCUCAGAUGUUGUGGGUGUGUGUGUUUGUGCUACUGUCUUUCUGUCUUUGUGCGGCAAAACAUUUGACAUCCCACCUUUAUCGUGAGGACGUUUUUCUUUGGGUGGAUAUUUUUACUGAUCCAUACCUAAAAAAAAAAAUUUCAAAUAUAAAAUACAAAAUUGUAUGCGCGAUGUCAAAACAGAUGGAACAUCCAAAGCUCAGAUCACUCAACAUCCUUUUUUUGUUUUUUUUUUGUUUAUGCUGCAGUGAAAUCUACACUAAUUAACCACACUAAGUCUUCAAAAAGCAAUGUAAAGCUGCAAAUGAGAAGAAAACAAUCUUUUUUUUUUUUUAAAUAGAAAUGUUUUAAAAAAAAAAAAAAAGGUUUAAAAAAUAUCUAUAGUUCAAGAACUGCAUGUGCUAUGUGCAUGCCACACUGUGGGUUAACAGUCAUCUUCAGGACAUAAAAGAAAAACAGACUAAUGAAUUCAUAGAUGUUUAAAAAAAAAGAUAUAUAAAUAGAUGUUUUUAAAAAGCAACCUUUUUUUCUUCUAUUUUUGAGAACAAAAAAUAUUACAAAAAAGGACCAAAAAAAAAAAAAAUAGGGGAUCGAAACACAAAAGAGACUUUGGUGGGUCUAUUUGUUUUUUUCCCCCUGUGACAUGAGCUUGAGGCACCACACAAAGUUGAAUGUUGAAGACACCACAGAAUAUAUGGGGGGGGGGGGGGGGGGG